UCUUGAGGAGCACACUGGACACUGUUGUGAGGGCGGAACGUGGUCUCCGGGUGAACGACAGCUGUGACAGCAUCGAAACAGUUAAUGGUAGUUAGCGACAGUUGCUCUGACAAACCCUCGGAGGAGUAACAAGUGUGUACUGCUCGGAAGUUUACUUUUACACACUUAGUUUUUUUACACAUCAGCUAAACUUCCGUCAGUGGCUCUUGUCUCAUUCUGGCAUAAGAAUCAUUUCGUUUGAAAAAAAAAAAGAAAAAAAAGUUUGACGUCUUUUAAUGAACUUUUGAAGCUGAGAUUCGAAAGCGUCAACGUAGUUUGGAAAUGCGUUAAAGCGGAGCGAUCGGAGCGGAUCGAGCAGGAUGACGGAACCAGCGGAGCGGACCCAUCACCUGAGAACUUCGGGCAGCCCAUCAGGUGGGAGCAGCCGAGACGCGCUGGAGCAUCUCCCAGUCAGCAGCCGUGGAGGACCCGUGAACGGCGACAGGGGGCGACAGAGGGAGCAGAAGCGGCGGCAGCAGCAGCAGCAGCGGGCGGAGAGCUGCGGAGAUAUCAACACAGACAAGUUAUGGCAAAUGAGAGGCGGCCAGAGGGGGGUGUGCCCUGCCUUGUCGGCCGGAAACUUGCUUCCAGUGUCCCCGAUCGCAGCGCAGGAGCACCAGAAAGCCGGUGUUCACACAGCGGGCGAGAAAAACGGCGAAGGCGCACCGCUGCAGGACACUUUGGACCAGGUGCAGGAGGAGAAUCUGCACAUCGACUCCGACACCGGCUUGGACUCGCGCCUGGGUAAGAAGAGACACCGGCGCAGGACCACCAGGAAGAGGCGCAACUGGAAGCCUUAUUACAAACUUUCCUGGGAGGAGAGGAAAGCCCUGGAGGAGAAAGAGACUGCCAGGGCUUCCCGCCUGAGAGAGGAGAUGUUCGCCAAAGGGCUCCCGGUGGCCCCGUACAACACCACACAGUUCCUGAUGGACGAGCACGACCGGGAGGAGCCCGACCUCAACACCGAGACCGGGGUCAAGCGGCCCUCGGGGGUCGGUGGUCGCAUGGAGGACACGGGCAGCGAGGAGGAACUCUUCGACAACGAAGAGGAGGACGAGGAUGACGGCAGCGGCGGAGGCAGCGACGGCAUCGGGAGGCCCGGGAACGCAGGUGGGGAGUUUCUCCAGAGAGACUUUUCCGAGACCUACGAGAUGUACCACGUCGAGAGCCUGCAGAACAUGACCAAACAGGAGCUGGUGCAGGAGUACCUGGAGCUGGAGAAGUGCAUGUCCCGGCUGGAGGAGGAGAACAACCGGCUGAGGCGCGCCGUGGAGCCCGGGGGUCUGACCGUGGAGAGCUCCCUGGUCCGGCUCCGAGAGCUGGAGAGGGAACUGGACAAACUGAGGGUCCAGAACACGGAGCUCCUCCUGCAGAACCAGCCGAGCAGCGACAGGGCCCAGGUCGCCACCAACUAGAGGACACUAGUUAACACCGUUUGAAAGAGGUAACACAACGGGACUAUUGCGUUUUAAAAAAGUGUCAUCAGUUUUCUGUAAUCAGUUUGUCAUCUGGACUGUUGAGUCCUUGCAUUACAAUGCAAUACUUGACGUUUAUUUUCUAUUUGGACUGUAAAGGGUGUCCUGUUGUUGUUUUCUUUUUUCAAGAUGAAAUGUAAAUACUUCAAAAAAAUAUGGUUCUUUUUAUAAAGAGAAUGUAUUUGACAACGCGAGGAUAUUUUGUUGGUUUCAAUUGAACAUUUACUCUUUCGUUUUUGAUUUUGAUCAAAUCAAACAUUGUAUGUUGCCCCCACCAUUAAUAAAAAAAAAUUAAAAAAAACACAGAAUAACAAAUGACAGCUUAUUGGGCCAGCUUGCAAAAGACUGUUUUGCAGAAGUCAAUUCCAGAGUGGACGUUUUAACAGUUGUGUGUUAAUAUUAAGUUCAAAUAAAAUUUUGAAAUUCUGCCUAAA